AUGCCAGGCAACGAAUCGUCUGCCUCGACAGACAAUAGCAUCAAUAUCAAAGCAGCCCCGGACAGUUCCUUGCAUUUGCGAGACGCAAGCUCCAACAGCAGCGACCAAACACCAUCUGUUGCCAAGGCGGACACAAACGGCCAGGCGCAUGCCUCGCCGAAGAAGCGUCGCAAAGUGAACCAUGCGUGCGUGUACUGCAGGCGCUCGCACAUGACGUGCGAUUCGGAACGACCGUGUACGCGGUGCAUCAAGCGCAAUAUCGGUCAUCUCUGCCAUGACGAGCCCCGUGAACCCACUAAGAAAGGCCGCAACGAACAUGAGGAAGAGGGCGCCGCUACAAGUGACUUUGGGGCGUCUCACGGUAUGUCCAAUAUUGGAAGACAGCCGAUGCUCUCGGACUCUCCGCUCAGCAUUCGCCCAUCCACUAUAGACCCGUCCCAAACCGUGCAGCCUUCCUCGAUUUCCAACCCUGCCGGACCGACUUUGGACGCAACUCCCCAACAGAUGUUUAGCUACGGAGAAUGGCCCGUGAACGGACAGAGCCAGUUCCAGGAUAUGCAUACAUUCCACCCGUCUUAUAUGUUUAACGCUCCCGAAGUCACCGAUGAAUACAAUCUACUAGGCGACUUUCUGAGUAACAGCUUACUGGAUGACAAUGCCAUGUACGGAAACGACGAGCUUCAGGGUCUAUACUCGGAUUCUUCCUUGAUCAACAUGAGCACAAAUUUAGCUGGGAACAACCAGGCGUUUAACCAACAACAAAAGCUGGCUCAGCUAGCGCCGACUCAGAAUAUGAAUGCGCAAAGUUCCGUGCAAGGGCCCAGCUCUACGAUUCAAAAUGACAAAGCUCGUGAAAAAUACUACAUGACCGCGGCCGAUCCAUCGGGCAUGGAUCCACCCGAGGAACGAAUGAACAAGCUGCUCAAAGCUAAAUAUGAAGCCGGCAUGUUGAGGCCAUUCAACUACGUCAAGGGCUACGCAAGGCUGAACCAAUACAUGGAGCAACAUAUGCAGCCAGCAUUGCGGCACAAAAUACUUCGCCAGCUUGACAAAUUCCGUCCCAAAUUCCGUGAACGCAUGCAGAGCCUGACCGAUAUCGAACUAGUGCUUUCUGAAAUGUGGUUCGAGCGCAGUCUGAUGGAAUACGACCGUGUUUUUGCCAGUAUGGCGAUUCCUGCUUGCUGCUGGCGGCGAACGGGGGAGAUAUUCCGUGGCAACAAAGAGAUGGCAGAGCUGAUCAACGUCCCUAUUGAGAAUUUGAGAGAUGGCAAGCUAGCUCUGCACCAGAUCAUCACUGAGGACCAGCUAGUUAGCUACUGGGAGAAAUUUGGAGCCAUCGCCUUUGACGGUACUCAAAAGGCUAUGCUUACUAGUUGUACUCUAAAGAGCCCUGACGACGAUGACUCGACAAAAGGAAUUCCCUGCUGUUUCUCCUUCACCAUCCGUCGUGAUCCAAAUGCCAUUUGGUCAAUGUCAAUAUCCCAGCCCGCCUGCUGGCAGCGGCAAAGCUCGUUCCUUCCUAUUUCGGCUUCGGCCCUCCAACUACUUUCUUCUCCGACGUUACGUUCUCCAUCACUUCUUCAUACUGUAAUUCUCCCAUUACAUGCAACAUUCAAUCACUGUAUUGUCGCUAUGGAGGCCAGCAACGUGCGUGAUCCAAAUAAGAUCGCCGUGUCAAUUUGCGGGUUUGUCGCAGACUUGCUUUCACAUACUGAAGACCUCCCAUCACUUGCCUCGUGGAUACAGAAUGCUGAGACUACCGCGUCUUUGGAUCAAUUUCUGUCUGCACUUUCACUAAAAUCAUCAACGCUAUCAGUCGCCUCGCGGAAUCUCUUGGACUCGUCUGCUACCGUGUUGUGGAAUGCAUUCAACCGAUUGUUACAAAUUACUGAGGAGUUUGAAUUUACGCCUCUACUCAUUCAAGGUCACCUGAAUUUCACAUCUACACAUAUCGAGGCUGAUUUCUCGAUAGUCCCUCUACUUGCGUAUCAUAUGUUGGUGAGCUGUGUUGCUCAAGACGAUGAUGCCUUUUCUCGUACUCAUCCCGCAAACUGUCCAGCGGGAGAUUUGACCGAGAGAGCUUCAAACAUGUUACAGCAAACUGCAUCAUCAAUCAGUGCCCUACAAGCUAAUGGACCCGUCGAUAAAGAAAUUGAAAUUUCUAUUGCAAAAUAUCAUAUUCUGCGUGCAAACCUGGCUAUGAAAGACGGAAAUAUCGAAUUGACCGAGACAGCACUAUCACAAGUUUCUAACAACUCAAUGAAAACCGAUCCAGGCAUUGGAAAACAAUAUGUUAUUCUGUGCCAUGCCGCGUUACGACAAGCAUUGGGACGUGGAGAAGCAGCAGACAAAUGGCUGCUAAGAAUAUCCAACGCAUUCCACAUCUUUCAUGAGUACAGCAGUCUAUACUCCGACUGCGUAAAAGUCCAUCUGGAAGUUAUUUACACACUCGCAACGAGUGAUAUGUCAGAGGUAUCCGAGGCAUUCGAAACUUUGGCAAUGAAGUUAUUCCAAACAGUCGAGUUGGAUCACCCGAAAUAUUCACUUGUUUUGGUCCUGCAGCUUGAAUUCAUGUCAAAGCAGAAGAACCCGGAUCUUCGGACGUUUCACGAAGCUCUUAUAAACUAUAUCAAUCUUAUGGAACCCUCUAUGCAAAAUUUCAAAAGACUGCUGACCUCGGCUUCGUGGAGGUCUUUGGGCUGUUUGAAGGCAUUGGAAAAUAUGGCAAACAUUCUCUGUGAAAUCCUACCACAAUCUUUGAGCAACGAAGCAAGUGAUGCAUCGCUUAUUAUUAUCUGGAAAGAGGCCGAGUAUUUCUCACUGCAGGGAAAUUUCCUCGAGGCUCUAGCUUGGUAUCGUUUCAGCCAGCAUAUUCUUUUCCGCCGCGCCAGUGAAGUCAACAAAACGAAAAUACUAAGGAAAUUGAUCUUCUGCGGGUUUCAAAUCGGUGAUAAUGGGGAAGUCGAACGAGCUUGGAUGUCGCUUCCUGAGCAGGAAAGAGAUCCGCAAACGACUUAUUUGGUAUACCAAGUGCUUCUCAAGGACUCGGAUUUUAGUUCAGCCGCCGACCUACUAAGAUACCUUACCGAUUUAGGGAAAGAAGGACAUAUAUAUAGUGCAGCUGCGAUAGCUGCUGCGUCACUCUCGCAAGAGAAGAGACAGGCUUUAGAAAGCAUUCAAUAUUUUCUUGAAAAGACGCCAGAUGGAAACGAAAAUGUGCAGCCAAAUUUCAGCCUCUAUCGAAUUGCGGUUCAACUCAUUGUUCGAGGAAUCCGUGAAAACGAUGAAUCCAUUUUGCAUGAACAACUCUGCCAGCUUUUAUCAAGAGCGGUGGAUCUAUUCCAAUAUUGUCAGAAGUUCGAGCUCAAUGAUCUUGACUGGUUCUCGCGCUGCAGCUAUCUCGCUAGUAUCGAAUUAUUCGACAAAAUCGAUGGAUAUCAGGUGUUAUCUCUGUUGGAAAUCUCACUCAAGGUUAAAGCUUUCCUCAUUCACUCGGGCUAG